UGUAUGACUCGUGGUCACCUGCCAUGACUGUUAGUUCUAUAUGCAUUAGCCUUCUCUCCAUGUUGUCAAGUUCAACUGCGAAGCAACUCCCUGACGAUAAUGAUCGUUAUGUAAAGAACUGUAGAAAUGGCAGAUCACCGAAGGAAACCAGGUGGUGGUUCCAUGAUGAUAAGGUGUAACAAGUAUAAUUCGACACUUGCGGCAACAUUAUAACUCGAUUGCAUACUUGAAAUCAAAUGCUAUAGAAAUUUUUCUGAAUAUCCAGGAUCGUUGCCUGCACAUGGUACGAGUGUGCAAAUUGGCCUUUCCUGUCCAUUAGUUGUAAAUGAAGAUGGUUUUCCUUAUGUGCUGCAUGUACAAGAUAUUAUGUACCAUAUAAGUUAUACACUGCAGUCUCAAUAAGACCCCACCAAGAAUCCUUCUGACAUCAGCAAUAAGUUAGCACUCAGAAUAAUGUAUUGUUUCUGGUUGUUUAUCUUACUGAGGAAUAAGUUUGUCUCAGUUAUUCCCUUCU